CUGUAUUUUAUUCUGAAUUUACUUCCGGGAGGCGGGGUCUGCUGCUGGUAGCGGUUUGUAGUUCCGAUGCUUCUGUCAGUCACGGGGAAGCAGCCGGCAAGAUAGCGUCUUCUCAGGGCUGAACAUCCAGCGUGUUUUUGGUCAUCUCCGAUAGCGUGCAUGUGUCGGCGUGUAAAACAAACAGCAGCACCGCGCCAUGGCAGCCAAUAAAGGUAAAAACCAGAGCUCUCUGGCUCUGCACAAGGUGAUCAUGGUGGGGAGUGGAGGUGUGGGGAAGUCGGCGCUCACACUGCAGUUCAUGUACGAUGAGUUUGUGGAAGACUAUGAACCCACCAAAGCGGACAGCUACAGGAAAAAGGUGGUCCUGGAUGGAGACGAGGUCCAGAUCGACAUCCUGGACACCGCGGGCCAGGAGGACUACGCUGCCAUACGGGACAAUUACUUCCGCAGUGGGGAGGGCUUCUUGUUGGUGUUCUCCAUCACAGAGCAGGAGUCCUUCACAGCCACCGAUGAGUUCAGGGAGCAGAUCCUGCGGGUGAAGGCGGACGAGGAGAAGAUUCCUCUGCUGCUGGUGGGGAACAAGUCGGACUUGGAGGAGCGCCGGCGUGUGUCGGUGGAGGAGGCGCGCAGGAAGGCGGAGGAGUGGGGAGCGCAGUACGUGGAGACCUCUGCCAAAACUCGAGCCAACGUUGACAAGGUGUUCUUUGACCUGAUGCGAGAAGUGCGAGGCAAGAAAAUGACCAAAAACAAUCAGACCAACGGAAACGGGAAGAACAACAAGAGAAAGAGGCGUUUCCCAUCUCUGUGCUGUCUACUCUAAACACGCCACGGACGGACGGAUCCACCAUCAGACUGGGAUGCUGGGAAACUGGAGCCUGAAAUGACUUUGUCUUUCAGCUUUUCAUUGAAAACACUUUUUAUGUUAAAAAUCAUCAUCUAAAAAACGUUGCCAGUUUAAAGAAGUCCGACCUACGUGGCUGCUGGGAGACGGCCGGACUGCAGUGCCUGAAGACUCUCACUGCCAGACUCGACGACUGCUCAGCACUUUCUCCGACCUGCUGUGUGUGUGUGUGUGAGCGCCGCCGUUUGUUCAGUCAUUCAUCCUCAUCGCAGAGACUCGUCACCCAUUUACAAGAAAGUCAAACGCUGCUGCUCUUUCGUGAGUCAUGUGACCUUGUUCAGCUGUUGAGCUUUCAUGUGCUGUGAAGUCCAUCCAGGCUGGUUUCUGUCUCUGCACUGACUUUGAUGGUUUGAUGAAUUUGGAUCUGGAGCUGAAUCUGAUGUUCAUGGUUAACUGUGGCGAUCACUUCCUGCCGACAAUCGCACGGCCGGCCCAGCCCUGCCUUACGGUCCACCACUUCUCAUUCACAACUCUUCUUUUCCCUAAACAAUGCACUACAAGCCCUGGGGGGGCGGGGCUUCACGCACACUGGAGAUUCUAAAGCAGAUUUUGUGCCAAUUCAACUGCAAUCCUGGUUUGUGGAUUCGCGGUGUGAACACGUUACUCAGUGUUUGUGUUUCAGGAGCAGCUUCAACGCUGUGGGAGUGACGGUGAAUCCGAUGUUCGCAUCACUGCCAAACCUUUUCCUCGUGCCAUGAUUUCAUCACCUUUUACUGUGAAAACGCUUCUGCUGAAUAAAAAUGCCUUUACUUUGUAA